UGCGCGUGCAACUGAGGUAUCAAUAGUAAAAAUGUAGCCUGCUUGGAAUUAAACACAAAGAAGCUGCAAAUACUUUAAACUUUGUGUUUAAAGCAAUAUUGCACUAUUUUAAUGUUCACCAAACGUAAAUACAGCUCCCGACUUGCCGGCGACGAGGAACAGGAGAAUGCGGCUGCAGACGCUGGGCCAAACACCAAGCAACAGUGUCAGCCAAAAUCACCAUUGGUAGAGUCACAGUCUCAGUCAAAGUCACAGCGUAAAAAACCUCCAUCCGAGUUCGAAAAGACUUGGCUAAAACUAAAAAAUUCUACGUUCACAAGCAGUAGUCCGAGAACAACGGAUUGGGCUACCAGGUUUGCGACAUGUAGGGAGUUAGCGAACACCAGUUGGCCAGCAUUGCCGCGUACAAAAAAAUCCACUUAUUUCUGCAAGUCACACAAUUAUUCUAGAUCAGCCUGCACACAAACUGGCAACAGAGCCCCUCGAAAGAUAUCGGAACUUUGGAACGAAUUUAAAGACGAGUCACUGAAUGAUUCGAGCCACACCGGCGUAUCCGAUGAUAGCUACAUUGGUUCCUCGCCGGAACAAAUCAUUACCAAACGUAAAUACAGCUCCCGGCCUGCCGGCGAUGAGCAACAGGAGAAUGCGGCUGCAGACGCUGGGCCAAACACCAAGCAACAGUGUCAGCCAAAAUCACCAUUGGUGGAGUCACAGCGUAAAAAACCUCGAUCCGAGUUCGAAAAGGCUUGGCUAAACCUACAAUAUUCCACGUCCAUAAGCAGUAGUCCGACAACAACGGAUUGGGCUACCAGGUUUGCGACAUGUAGGGAGUUAGCGAACACCAGUUGGCCAGCACUGCCGCGUAGGACAAAAUCAAUGCCAUUUUGCAGGUCACACAUCUCUCCUAGAUCCGCCAGCGCACAGACUGGUGGCAGAGCCCCUCGAAAGACAUCGGAGCUUUGGAACGAAUUCAAAGACGAGUCACUGAAUGAUUCGAGCCACACCGGCGUAUCCGAUGAUAGCUACAUUGGUUCCUCGCCGGAACAAAUCAUUACCAAACGUAAAUACAGCUCCCGGCCUGCCGGCGAUGUGCAACAGGAGAAUGCGGCUGCAGACGCUGGGCCAAACACCAAGCAACAGUGUCAGCCAAAAUCACCAUUGGUGGAGUCACAGCGUAAAAAACCUCGAUCCGAGUUCGAAAAGGCUUGGCUAAACCUACAAAAUUCCACGUCCAUAAGCAGUAGUCCGACAACAACGGAUUGGGCUACCAGGUUUGCGACAUUUAGGGAGUUAGCGAACACCAGUUGGCCAGCACUGCCGCGUAGGACAAAAUCAAUGCCAUUUUGCAGGUCACACAUCUCUCCUAGAUCCGCCAGCGCACAGACUGGUGGCAGAGCCCCUCGAAAGACAUCGCAACUUUGGAACGAAUUAAAAGAUCAGUCAAUGAAUGGCUACAUUGAUUCCUCGCUAGGAGUUCAACUAGUGCCAGAACCAACCGUCCGUCAAUACCUUCCAGCUUUCAGCAGGAAGAAGGCGGUUCCUGAGCGUUGUGUUAAAGGAGGCUACGUGGACGAGUUCAGGACGAUGAUGAAGGAAACCAGUAUGGAUCAUCGCCAUCUAAGCGACAGAAAAUCCACCCACACAGUCCACUUGCUAGAUAUCUCCAAAGACUUCGGCGUUUAUAUGGCCCGAGUAGAACCAGUCCCUGAGACGAACAGUGGAGAUUCGACGUUUAAUAUUCUACUACCUUCGGAAAUUGGAGAUAAAGUUAGUGUCGGCUCUACGGUAAAAUUUUAUCUCGGUUCGAAAACCAACAAACCUCUUCAGCUACGAAACAAACAAAGGAUGUAUUUCCAGCCACUCAAUAUUUUAAAAUUAAAAAAGGAAAUGCACACAGUGGAUAAUUUGUAAAAAAAUAAGACUCAGAAUAUAUAAAUACUUACCAGCACA